UCAUUUUGGUAGGUAAAAUGGAUUGAUAAGUUGUAUUCUGGCAUAGAACAGUACUGGAUCGUGAAGAUCAAGAAAUUUGUAUUUUAAUGAUAUUUGAAAAACCCGCGCAGCGCAUUGGAUAGUUGAUGCUCACUUGACACUCCGCGGAUGAAUAUUUCAUUUUGUUGACAACUACUUGGCGUUGUUUCGCCGCGAUCUUCAGCUGUUUAGCUAGAAGAUUUUGAAGACAACUUCUCUCUCAUACAAGUACAUGACAGCAAAUCGAUGACUUCUGUGUCGAAAAGAGAUAACCAACCGCUUGAUUCUUGACAGCCCCUUGGCAACGUGCUCUGUUUCGGCGUGGCUUUCCAUGAAAACUCUGGAAAGUAUGGAUUCUACUCCAAAGUCAUCUAAAGGUCGCAAGCUACCAUCUCCUAAUGGACAAAACCCAAAAUUGACCGUGAAUAGUGGAAGAAGUUACACAAGGCAUGACAAACAAGAGGAAGCGGUGGGUGAGAUGGACGUGCUUAGUGCAUAUGUACCAGAUCCUGAGGAGCCUCCAACCAGGGAUGUGACGAGCCAAUCCAAAUCUGGUGUGGCUUAUUUAACAGAGAACCUGAUCAAGAGAUUAACAAAAGAGGAGAAUAUUUCCCAAGUAACAUCUUUACAUGUAACAUUAGGAAAGGACCUCAACAAGAAAAUUAAGUACAUUGAAAACUUGGAAAGUCUUAGGAAACUUAUUUAUUUGAACCUGAACAACCACAUGAUUGAGAAGAUAGAAAAGCUGGAUCAUUUAACACCGCUCAGAGAACUUCACUUGGCCAACAACCGUAUUUCAAAGAUGGAAGGUGUUGACUGUCUGGUACAUCUGACUGUUUUGAAUCUAAAUGGGAACUUGAUUGAAACUUUACCAGCUCCUGUUUUCAAGAAGCUUAGAGAACUACAGGCUUUUCACAUUGCAAAUAACAGACUUGCAAGUCAUGUUGAGGUUACCAAACUGAGGCCUCUUCAAGAUCUGAACAAUUUUUCCAUGGAAGGCAAUCCAAUGGCAGACAUGGAACACAGUCAUUUGUUUGUGAUUUUUCAGCUGAGGUCUCUGAAUUAUUUAGAUGGAAAGAAGGUUUCUGAUGAAGACAGACAAAUGGCUGACAAACGAUAUGCUCAAGAGGAGGUCAGAAGACUGGAGGGUGAAAUAAACAGGCACAAAAAAGAAUAUGAAGUACUCUUGGAAGAAAAUUGCCAAGCCCUUGAGGAGUUACAACAGCUGAAGAAGUUGAACUCUGAACAGAAAACUCACAACUUGGAUCAAUCACAGAAAAUUAAAGAGUAUCAGAGACAGCUUGAAGCCAAGGAAGAAUUGUUAGCCAGCAAGACCUCUGAACUUUCAAAAGCUUGUGAAAAGCAGUUCAAGUUGGAACAGGAACUUGCAUUUUAUAAGUUGGAUGCCAAGUUUGAACACCUUGGGAUGCUGCCACUCCCAGAGGGAGUUGAGUUUGGAGAUGGUGAAGAAGAUGAAAGCCCAUACAUUGGGAAAGCUCGGUUUAAACCAAACAAAUUUGCCAGGAAAACCGAUAUUAUGAGUGGUGAACAGCAUGCCCAGAUGACAACGCUACACUCAAGACCAAGUGAUAAGUAUGAUGACCAGAAUAAGCAGGUUCAACAAGAAAUACAUGAUGCUUUGGUGCAAGAUUUGGAAGACAAAGAGAGAGCAAUAAAACAAGCCGAGGAUGUUCUUGCGCAGUUGACUGAUCAGCUAAACAGGAGAAAAGCUCAGCUAAGGGAUGCAGGAGAUAAGCUUACAAUGCUUCAACAGGCCAUCAAUGAUCAGGCACAUUUGUUAGGAGAUGAAGAAAGAAAACUUAUUGAUGCUAUUGCAGAUAAGAAAAACUAUAUACGUCAACUUCAAGAAGUCGCGAAAGAGUUGGAGGAGCGCUUGAAAAACAUAUCAGAUGAAUUGAAACAGAGAGAGGCUGAGACCGAGAAGCUGAGACAGACCAUCAGAAAUACGCCCCCCAGUGACCCUGCAUACUCUCACCUUCAGGCUCGUUUGGCAGCAAAAGAGAAGCAGUUACUUGAGUUGAAAGAUGAAUAUAGCAAACUGAAACAAGACAAUAACAGAGCGAGGGAAAGAUUACAGGAAGAGAUAGCUGCUGUCAAACAGCUAGAAGCACAGUUGGCUGCACUGAGAAGAGAGAAUGGUGACCAAGGUAAGCUAAAAGAAGAACUGAAGAACAUCAUCGAUGAUUUGAAUGACAACUUGAACUCUAUGAAGCAGCAAGUCGCUCAGCAAGCGAAACAGAUCAGCCAGCUUCAACGUGAGAAGGAUGCACUGGGACAGCGAUUGAUGGACAUGCAAGGACACGCGGCUAACAACAAACAACUGAAAGAUAACCUGGCUAAACUACAGCAACAACUGAAAUUGACUGAAGAUGCAUUGGAACGAGAGAGAAAGAACUGUGAGGCUUUGCGCCGGCGAUUAUCCAGUGCUGAAUCACAGGCAGCCCAAGGAUCUACUCUGGAGCCAAUGUUCACUGAAACAAAAAACAGACUGCAGCAAGCAGAAGCGGAAGUCGCCCGGCUACAGAAUGCACUAAAUAAGCUAAAACAACAACUACAGGAUGAUCGCAGAGCUGCAGACGACAGGUUAAAGAAAGAACAAGAGAAGGUUGACAGAGCUUUACAAGCUGCGAGGAAUGCCGGAGAUAAGGACAGACAAGUGAAAGAUUUGGCUGCACAAAUUGAAAAUCUAUCGGCGGACAAUGCGUCUCUUGCCCAGCGCUUGAGAGACGCAGAAGAUGAACUGAGCGGUCUUGACAACUUACUUGACAAAGAAGAAGUAUUGGAGAGGCUCGGUGAACUAAGAAAUGAUAUCAACAGGGGACGAAGUGCUGUCCGUGAACCGUUCAGUGAUCAGGAUGACCUGGGGCGAGCACUAGCAGAACUCCAUCGUAAAUACCUGGACCUUAAGAGGGAUUUGGAGCGAGAGCGACGAAAACAGCCUGAUGGAGAGGUUGAAGGUUUACAGGCUAGACUACAAGAUGCCGAAAGAGCUCUGAAGCAAGCAAGGGACAAAGCUUCACAGCUUGCAGGAGACAAAGAAGAUAGAGACAACAAGUUAAGAAGAAUGUCAGACGAACUAAAGAAACUGAAAGACAACCUUGCAAGACAAGAGAGAAUGGAGGAUGAGAUUGAAAGAGAGAAAGCAAAACACGCUAAAGAGAUGUCUGGACUGGAGAAACAAAUAGCUCAGUUAAAGGAUCAGCUUGACAAAGCUAGACACGGCUUGCAGGAUCAUUUGGCCAGCGCCAGAGCUCCACUUCAAGCCAAGAUAGCAGACAUGGAAGACGACAUGGAACAUCUACAGGACAAAUUUAACAAAGUGAAAGCAGAAAAUGAGCGGCUGAAAGGAGCCAUCGCAGAAGCUGAACAAGGUAGAAUGGAGCUAGAGGACAGACUGGCAGAAAUGAUGAACAAACUAAGGGAGGCCCGGGCACAAGCUGAGGCAACGAAUGAGAGAUGCGAGCGGCAAAAACAAGCUUUAGAAGCUAAAGUGAAAGCUCUUGAGAACGAACUCGAAAGAGCCCGGAGUCGGUUGAAUUCACUGCGAGCUCAAGCGGAUGAAAAGCUGCAAGCAGAAAAAAAGAAAGCGGCUGCAAAGAUCGGCGGUUUGGAGGACGAAAUUGACGAUUUAAAGGAACGACUUAAAAAUCUGAAGCACAAGGCUGGACGUGAGUUGGACGAAAUAAGAGAUGCUGGAGAAAGAAAGAUUCACCAUCUGGAAAAAAAGAUGGCUGAUUUGCGACAUCAGCUAGAAGACGAUCGGGCUCGAGCUGACGAACAGCUUAGAAGAGCUGAAAGUAAAGAAGCAGGGCUACAAAGCCUGUUGGGAGAAACUGAAGCUAAGUUGAAGAGAUCCAAUGACCAAAGUCAGGAACAACAAGCCAGGCUUUGGGACUUGGAGAACCAGAUUGAGGGUCUGAGAAACACUCUGAAAGAUGCCGAAACAAAGGCAUUAAAGGAUAAGUUAGACAAGGAACUUGAAGCUGUUAAAGCGGAGCGAAUGAGAGCUGCGAUACAAGCAGCGGCUGAUAAACAGCUGGCUGAUGCACAACAACAGGUUGCUUCACUUCAAUCUAUGCUCGAUUCGAAAGACAGGCAGCUUCAAGAGGAACUGAAACGUGGGACGCAAAAUUCAGCCGACAUAGCUGCUCAGCGAGCAGCGAUUAAAAACUUGGCAUCAGCUUUGGCCGAACAGAACCAGGAACUAGAACGACUGAAGGACGAUUUGUUGGAGAUGUCACGUGCCCCAGUCCAACUGCAAUACUAUCCUCAUCCGGACCUCAGCCUUUCCGCCUUAGCAAACGAAGUCGAGGCUCUGCGAGCAGCUUUGUUACAAAGAGAGCAACAAGUACAGAGCCUCACUCGACCAAUACCACUUCCGGCGAGUCCACCCUUCACCACUUCUGGCUUGGUUACCACGCCUGGGCACAUGAAUCCACCGUUUACCACUUCCGGCUUGAUAACCACGUCUGGGUUAGCAACAACGCAGACGUACUUACCAGUGAGCGGGGUGGCCCCAGCUUUUGUUGAGGGACCAUCAAAUGUAGUAACUAUCUCUCGAUCAGCACCCGUCAUGACUCCCAUGGUUACAACCACUAGUGGCCUGGGUACAAACAGCUAUGUGGCCUAUCCCGGACAAGUUCAUCACCAUCAUUAUUUUUCACAGUCAACUGGUCGAGGUAGGGUAAAACCAUUGACAGUGACAACUUCCUCACACCUCUCCCCUGAGGUGGUAACAGCUAGCACAGUAGCAGACCCUGUCACAUCACCUGUCCACCAUCAUCAUUACAAUGACGUCACUGGGGGAAAUGGUGACGCGAGGAAGAAAAAGAAAAGGAAAACCAAAAAACCACAAGAUGAAGUAUUAUUUUGUAAUUUUCCAAAUCACGAAGGCCUGGAGUACGAAUGUGGGAGAUUGGAAGGUCUUUUGACUUCGUCGCAGCAGGCGCAGAAACUUCAGGAUCAACGGGACUCGCUUCGAAUGGAUUUGAAAGAAUUGGAACACGAGGUGGAAGAUUCCUUAAAACGACGAGCGACUGCUAGACAAUCACAACGACAUUCAUUAGAUGCGAACCUAGCGGCAGGAACUAGGAGAGUUUACAUUAUGAGAACUGUGGACGAAGAAGAUGAAGAAAACUUCCCACUAAAAUAUCUUCAGCAAAGCUCUGGCGUUGAAAUGGAGCCUGUUCAGUUGUCGUCCGUUAAUCAAAUGGAUGAUAACACCCAAGAGGCAUCCUGGGAAAAGCGGCUGAGUGACCUGGCUCGAUUUGAAGGUCUGCUGCAGAAAAGGAAAACAGAACUACAACAGAUGGACGCUGUACUGAUGGAGCGAAGGCGCGAACUGGACGACGUUGUGCAAAAACGUAAGAUGGCCGAGGGACGCCUGAGGCGGGCAGAAGAGGAUGCUGGUAUUAUUGAGCAACGCGCAGCGGAGACCUCGGUCGAGUUAAUCCGCGCAGGAAAUCAGCUGAUUAACUUGGAGAUUAAAGAAAAGGCUCUGAAUGAACAACAAAAACAAAUAAACAAAGCUAUCGAAGCCAAAGAACGAGAGUUAAAGGAAACUGAGAACUCGUGCGCUAUCGUUCGACACAAUAUCGAUAAACUGAACAAGGAACUAGCAAGUAAAAUGGAAGAUCUUGAAAAGAAAGAGAGUGUGUUGAAAGACGUGGAAACAAGAACUCAACUUUCACUCAGGAUGGAGGAACUACAGAAGCUGAUAGCGCAAACAGAAACAGAAGAGAGACAUCAGUCAGAUAAGUACGUCAGAGCGUUAAAGGAGGGUGAAAAAGCUUUGGAAGAAAAAACCACGCAGCUUGCCAGAACAAGGAAUGAACUUCAAACUCAAAUGAUACAAUUCCAUGAACUGAACAGUAAGAUAAACAAACUCAGGACAGAACUAAAAGAAAUUGAAGAAAACAUCAAGAAAGGAAAACUUGAAGCUGAGAGGCUUUCACAGAGAAAAGAAGAAGAGAGAAGAAUCCAGGAUCUUAAUGUUCAGGAAGCCGAGGAAAAACUUGUAGAAGUUAACAACGCAAGAAAUGAAUCGAUGGAAGCUCUUAAAAGCCAUCGGGAGGAGUUUGGUCUGUUGAGAAACAAAAUUCACCAGAGUAUGAGCAAGAUUAAAGAAUACGAAGAAUUGAAGAAACAGAAAGAAGCUGAGUAUAAAAAGAUUUCAUCCACGAUCAGUAAAGACAAAGUAAAACUAGAAAAUGAGCUCGCUAAGUUGAAAAGUGAGACGCAAGAAACAGAGGAAUGUUUAAGUCAUACAAAUGCUGCUUUAAAGCAAGUCACGGUUGAACUCCAGUCUGCCAAACAAGAACUGGAGGAGGUGAUGAACACCAAAAACUCGGUUAUGAAGGAGUUGAGUGAACUCCAGCUCACACUCGCAGAGAAAGGGAAUGAAAUUAUGAAAGUCAAUCAGGAAAUUCAAGAUGGUAGCAAAGAACUGGAAAAAGUUAAAGAGACGAUCGCAGAUUUCCGAAAAAGGCAGACAGAGUUGAUUGAAAACUUAGAGAAAGAAACUGUGAGACGUGACAGUGCUCGAAAGGGCAGUUUGCCUCAGGGGUGUUCAACGCCUAAAGACAACGAGAAAGAAAAUGAGCUCCUUGUUACAAGACUGCGCCAAACUAUCAACAACCUCUCGGAUGAAAACAAGAAGCAACAUAGAGCUCUUCAAGAAGAGCGAGGUGAAGUUAAAGAGUUACAAGAACUUCUGAAAUCAGAGAAAGAUAACUUUCAGAAGCAUCUGAUGCAAGUUGAGUCCAAAUCUGAGGCUUAUCAAAUACACCUUGAACGGCUUCACGUAGAGUUCGACGCUGAGAAACAAAAAUAUUCCAGAGAAAAAGACUUGCUGUUGAAUAAAGCAGAAGAACAUCGCGUAAAAGCUAAGAAGUUUGCCGAAGAACUGAGCAAUCUAAAACAGAACCAUAUGCAAACAAAACAAGAACUAAAUUUGCUCAGAGAAACUCUCGUAACAGAUAUUAAAGAGUUAAAGGAACACAUCGAAGGAAUGACGACUGAGAUGAAAUCAGAAUUGACUAGAAGCUUGAAGCAGGUUGAAAAUUCAAAAGAAGAAGCAACUGAUGAAUUUGAACGGCUCCGAGACAAAAAAGAAGAAAUGGAAGCUCAGUUUGCCGCAUUACAACAAUUGAUCAACUCAGCCAGGAAAUUGGUAUUGAAGGAGGAGAAACAAAAAUCUGAAAAUUCCAAAAGAGAGAAAGAAGACGCACUAAUCAAAGAGAAGAGAGCAUUACUUAAGCAGCAACAGAGUUUUCUACGAGCUCAAAUUAGAAAACAGAUGUCAACUAGCGCGGACAUUCUUGACGAGGAAAGAAAAAGGGCAGAAGCUUCCCUUGAAGGACUAAAAAGCAAGUUAAAGAAUCUGGAAGAGGUUAUAUCAAGGAAAGAUGUCAGUGUCCAGGACUUCCGUUAUAAACUCUUGAGAGAUAGAGUUGAAGCAGAGAAAGUUGCAGACUCUAACAAACAAAUUGACGAACUAAGAAGACGAUUACGUCAACUGGAAGACGAAAAGGAUUUAAUCACAAGUCAAAGGAAUCAUUUGGUUACGUUGAAUGAAGGCGCUAAUCUACAAAGUUCUCCACUUAACUUAAAAGAAUAUGUGACUGAAAGAAAUACGAAAUUGAUUUCUGUCAGACCCAGACGCUCCCUUGACUCUCUCACCGAUGAUAAAUUGUAUGCAAGAUCUGUGAAACAUGACGAGGAAGUUCCAUGCCGUGAUGUGGUGGGUCAAAACACAAGUUUGCCUCUUCAUUUUCAUGGCAAAACCUCACUUGAUAAACUCGAACCCAACUCUGUGUCACAUGACGUAGAGGUUAAAAAAGAAGUUGGCUUGGACUACGGGAUGAGAAACACAAGGAUCGUGACCAAGCGAAACCUGGGUUUGGAGCCGAACGAAAAUCCUCCAGAUCAUUCAUACGAACAAAUUGCGAUAAACUCGUCCUUACCAAUGUUGAGAGAAGAUCUUUCGGAAGAUUUUGUUGAAAAAGAUUUACCUCUCUCUGCAAUUUCCAAAGAAAGCGAAACGAAUAAGCUUCAUUCGACUACCGUUAGUCCAACAUCUGACCGUCGGAGACUGGUACAAGGGAUGAAGGAGCAGCAGUGGAAACCUGACAGGAAUGCAGUUCGUUCAAGAAGAGAUAUAUCUUCAUCUACUUUCGCUGAUGACAAAAAAAGCGAGUUUCUGUCUUCAGUUCAUCGUAUAAAGAAUGAAAAGGUCAAAGAGCUUGAACUCAGUUUGCGGAGGCUCUUCUUUACGUGACUUCAGGAAAGCUUCAAAGACUUAACUUGAAAGGAGUCUUAACGUUUCUACGACGAUGAAGAAAACCACUCCUUACAACAUCUUCAAGGGACGAAAGGUUUUCAUCUUUCAUGGUCUUUCAAGUGGCGAUGUGUCCUAAUAACAGAAGUAAAGGAAAACCAAAGAUGCAUUUUUUCAGCCUAGAAGGAGGACCAGGAAAUGAAGGGGAAAAGUAUUGUUCACUUUGAAAAAACUGUGGCUCGAUUAAUGGGACAGUUUACGUGUAUAUAAAUAACAGACUACGAAGCUGAAAGAACGAAAUAACAGACUGCGAAGCUGAAUGAUUUCUUGUAAUACUUUGGCUUGGAGUUAUUUUUGAGCACAAUGACAAAUUUAAAGUUGUUUCAAAAGAAAUUUAAGAAAAGUGGAAUAUUUUCAGAGCAGAUAUAUGGUGUUCUUUUGACUUAUAUUUUUAUGUCUUAAUUUGCAUUUUUCAAAAACUUAAUGCAAAAUAGCGAGUUAACUUCUGUCUUUUGUAACUGAUCGAGUCGUUUAAGGACAAAACCAAUGCAGACUACCCCAACCUUUUUUCAAAAAUGUGUUUUGAAUUUCUCAGCGCUUUCCCCCCUAACUUCAAAAAAUCUUUUAUCAACAAUCACUUGGCAUAAACAGUUUAUUCUUAUUGUGGAAUUUUCUGUCAGCAAUGAAAUGGAACAUCCAUGAUAUGUUACUAAGGAUUUUGUUAAUUUGCCACAAAUAAUUCAAAUAAUACUCUUUAA